GUGAACGUGGAUAGGAAACUAGAGAGCAGUUGAAUAAGAGGGCGAGGGAAAGCUGUGGACUGCCAACGAGGCAUUUUAGCUUAAAGAGUAACUUCUGAACGCUGCACCAGCAUGAUAACACAAAGCAAUUUAGCCGUUGUAUAGUUCUGGGUGAUUAUGGAAGAAACAGGGAUUACAAGGUGAUACUCCUUAUAACUAACUGGCAUUCUCUUGAGGGCUUGGAAGCUCAAUUCAGACGUUUACUCCAUUUUGGAGUAAGGAGGGUGGACAUUGAUCCCAUAACCUACAAAAGUCAACCACAGCUGGAAAGAAACAUUUUAUACAGAAAUCUCCCCCCUCCCCCACCUUGUUCAUCCAUCAUGGCAGAGCCGUCUCCAAGUUGGUGGGAGUUGACUUUCCUCAGGAGGAAGAAAUCCCAGCCCAAGGUCCAGUAUGAAAUCCCUGCGGCAUUGGUUACCAACGCCACAGCCCAGCAUGGAUACAGCACAGGGGGAGCUGCACUUCACUCGGAGGAGGGGGUGCACCACCCCCAGCUGGACGCCCGACUGGAGAGGAUCAUGGAUAAAACGUUGGCCAACAAAGGGCGCCAUGUCAAGGUGUCUCACUCCGGGAGGUUUAAAGAGAAGAAGAAAGUGCGCGCUGCGCUGGCAGAGAACACAGAGAUAUUGCCUGGGGGGGGAGCAGCGAAGGAUGAGAACCAUCCCGAGGGGCAUUGAGAAGACACCAGUGCACAUUUAAAAUGACAGCAAUGUAUUCAUAGAAAGAUUGUAAAAUAGGGAGUUCAAAUUUACAGCUCUCUCUCUCCUUGCUCUCAGUCAAUGAAGGCUAAAUUUGGGGGGAACUCUAAAACUCAAUGUCUACAAGCGAAGACAUCAAUUUCAAAAUUACCACAAAGACACAAAUCGGUCAGAAAGAAAUUUAGACCAUUAGCUCACUUGAAAAACACUUGAACUGUUUUAUAUUUUCUACCAUUUUUCCAUUGCCCUUCAAUACAAGAAACAUACAUCAAAACAUCAAAAGGAGGUACUGCAAAGGGGGAUUAAUUAUUGAUGGCUGCAAUCUAUUUAGCAAAAACAAUUCCAGGUCUGUGGCGGUGUUUAACUCGGUUUAAUCUCCUCUAGUGUGAACUGCCUCAAAAGCUUUUGCAGACAUCUAUGAGAGAGAGAAGUUGAUUGUGAAUGUGCCAUUUAUAGGCUAUGUAUGUAAAGAAAUUGUCUUGUCCUCAACAAGCUAACUGGCCGCUAACUAUUGGCCGAAGAGCUUGCCAGAAGAGCUUUCCUCCUCCACAAUAAAACAUUUUAUUAGAUCGGAUUAUGUACAAUCACAAGUCUACAAUGUCAGAAAGGAGGAACUGACUCUGUACCUACAAGGUAGAAAGAUGCUCUGGGAGCUAGUGUGACUUGCUAGCAUGAUCCGGCUAACUAGUGUUAGCUAACUAUUGUGGUCCGGCUAGCGCAUUAAAUCCACCAACAGUAAUUACCUUAAUUAAGUAGUGUUAAUUAAAGUGGGUAUCCAUAAUCCCACUGUUUGCUUUAUGGGCAUGCUAGAAUAUGCUGUUUAAUAAAAACAAUACUGUUCUUGCAUAUUAAACUGUAUGUGAGGUGAUCUUGAGUGGGAUGAAAGGUUGGCUAGCGGAGUUCAUUUACAUGACUAUAGUUAUACUAUGGCACAUAGGUUUAUCUGGAACUGAUGUAUUUAUAGGUUUCAGUAUUAAAUCAAAACCUUGAAACCACCUUAAACACAUUGUCUCUUGUCUGAAAUAAGCAUUAAGCAUCACCUCUACAGCUUCACUCCCCUAGCUUUCACUGGAGUACCAACAACCUGCAUCUCUUGAAAACCACGUCACACAACCAACGCAACAAGUGUUGUUGUUGUUGGUGCCUGUAUAGCCCAGCAGGGGGCAGCAUCGAUCCAAUCAGAAACCUAGCUGCCAAUUCAAUCGUGAACCUCUUUCAGGCUCUGUCCUCAUAAAAUAAUUCUUCUACUUUUCAAAACAGCUUGAUGAAUAAAUUAGUAAAUAU